AUGGGUACCCUGAAAUUAAAACCCCCGCCCAAGGAAAGUGCGACGCAGGAGUGCCAGAGUCACAAUAAAUUCCGAAUAACUGAACUUUACAACUUUGGCGCGAGAGAAUGCCGAGACCUUCCCAAACGUCAAGGCCAGACGCCAGUUCCAAGCAACUCGCGGACCGGUGCGGACGUGCGUUCCACGGGGAGCCAUCAUCCUUUGUUCUACACUGAGCAGUAUUUCUGGAGCGCGUGCGCGCAGUGGCAGCAGUGCGCGGGCCUGAAGCAGUCCUUGGAGGAGAAGAUGGGCUUGCCGGUGCGCCCCAAGAGACCGCUCACGCCCUUCUUCAGGUUCAUGGCCCAGCAGCGCCCCGCCUACCAGCAGAAGCACCCCGACCUCAAGAUCACAGAGAUCACGAAGCUGCUGGCGCGGCAGUGGGAGGCCGUGCAGGAGGCGGAGCGCCGGCGGCUGGAGGAGGACUUCAAGCGGGACAUGGCCCAGUACACGGCGGCCGUGGCCCGCUACGAGGGCGUGCUGACGGACGCGCAGCGCGACGAGCUGCAGCAGGCCAGGGAGCUCACGCUGGACUCCAGGAACCGCCGAAGGCUCAAGAAGAAAAUGAAAGACCUGGGGAAGCCAAAGAAACCACUGUCUCCGUUCCUGGUGUUCGUGAAGGGCAAGGCCUCGGAGCGGAAGGAAGAGUCGUUCGGGGACUGGCAGAAGCAGAUGGGCGCGCAGUGGGCGCUGCUGACGGACGAGCAGCGCGCACGGUACACGGAGCAGUUCCGGCGCGAGAUGGAGGCGUACCGCAAGGAGCUCCGGGAGUGGGAGGAGCGCAUGAUCCGGCUGGGGAACAUCGACGUGGUGCGCAACGAGGCGCUCAUCGAGCCCCGACCGCGCUCGCACAAGCCCCCCACCUAGGACGAGGCCUGCCCCGGGGCUCCCGCCCGGGGCUCGGAGACUAGCGUCCCGCGAAGUAAGAAUCCUCUGACGAGCGUAGCGUUGUUGUCUGGAUGUAUAUUUGUGUGUGUGGCAUGCAUUUUGAAAUUGUGUUCUUAAAGUUUGGUUUUCUACAGAUACCAGCAUAGUUCAGUUUAUAUCACACUUCUGAAGCAUGUGCAGCUCCUCUUUUGUAUGAGAUGAAUAUUUUAUGUGGUGUUCAGUGUCAUUGAGAUAAUUUUUCUUCUGUAUUGUAAGUUUUUUAUAUUUGCUACCAUGCACCUUUGAAUUUGAAAAAUAUAAAUGUACUAAAACUUUAGUGAUAUUAUAAUGGAAUUUUUUUUUGUGUUUGACUUGUUUGUUGUAUUUUUUUUUUCCCAUUAAAAUAUUUAAAAUUGUUUUCCUUAAACCUGGUCUCUGAUCCUAACUUAGCGAAUGCAGUUUUCCUUUCAUUUUUCAGAUCUUCCCACCAGCAGACUAGCUACUUUGUUUGUAUUAAAUCAUGCACCUAGUUCACAUCCAGCAUUGUGAGUCUAGUGCAUCUUCUGCAGUUCUUGUUUGGGGAAAAAACUAGAGACCUGCCAAUGAGAUAGCCUUCACGAGGAAGGAGUUUCAUAGUUUUAAAUCAAGCCAUUGGAUCUCCAAAAUUUAAUAAGGGUAUACAAUUUACAAUUAUAUACCAGCAAAAACUCCAAAACUUUCCGUGCUUUAAAAUUGUUAGUUACAGUAGUAUUGUAAGGUUAAAAUAAAGUUAUUCAAGAGGGACGAGAAUCAAACUAAUUUGAAUGUUUACAUGUGUGUCCCUGCUUCAUGCAUUUAGUCCACAGACGGACGUUCUUUUAUCAGGACCAGUUGGAGAGGCGGCCAUGACGGAUUAUCAAACGUCAAUAUAUUUCAAUGGAAAUACAUACAUAUAUAUAUAUACACGCAGUCCCGAUAGUACUUAAUAGUUAAUCUAGAGAAAGAAAAAGAACAGUUGAGAGCAUUUGUCUUCAAAAAUUUUUACAGAAAUGUAAGUACCUGUGGAAUGAAACCUACUAGAAACAGGAAACACUACUGAAAUGAAAAAAGACAGUAAAGAUACACUCUGAGCUAACUAUAAACAAUGGGAUCCAGCGUCUCGGUGGCGUCGAGUUACCAACACGCCGACUACAGAGGCCAGAUUAAAGAAAUUAUACUUGACUUGAUAGUUGCUGUGGUUCUUGGAUAAAGCAUGUGAAUGUUGGUGUGUUGUGUGCUGAAGACGGACCGGCUCCGGCAAGCUCGCUGCUGUUCAAUUCGACUGUUUCAGCGCCUGCGACAAGCCCUCUUCCCUAACUCACUAACUCGCGGCGAUCCCGGGCCAAAGCCACAGUGAUCGUUCUACAAGGAAUAUUUAUUGAGCCAUGGAUCGCCUUAUGGGACCUUUGUUCUAAUUACCUCAACUUAUAAGUAUGUGGUAUUUUAUCUUACACACAACUUUUAAACCAUACUGUAAUGUAAAACAGCUUGAUAAAAUAAAAAAAAUAAUUUUUCAAA